GUGUUUGAGUGGGAAUGUUCGCCGAAGGUAACCAAAGGCUCACAAAUCGAUCCAGUUUAUAUCUCAAAUCGUCGGAUGCAGUUGUGACAGCAACCAAAGCAUUUCAGUACGAUCGCAUACAAUAAAUCAGAAGAGAAAGAUGUUGGAGACGAUUACUGGAAACGCAAAGCCUGAGGCCACCUUCCUCAGCACGCCUCGUAGCAUGAUGCCUGGAAGUUGGGCAUGUGAUUCACCUCGAGUGUUUGUAGAGCCUCCUCAGAAGCCCAUGCCAUUGACCAACGGGGAAAUGGGUCUGUCUAUUCAGAUCCCCCACCUUGACGAAAACAAUAAUGUUCUAGUAGGAGAAGCACGUGAUGCCGCCGAAAGCACUGCUCGUGGUGAAGGCGAGGAAGCAGUGGAGACACCUUCUGCAGGAUACGAAUGCGACUACGACAAGAACCCGACUGAUCUCUUUCUGAAUCUUCAGAAAAAGGAGUGGGCUGCUGCCGAGAAAAAUGCUAAUGGCGAUUCGCUUGAGGCUCGAACAUGGGUCACCCGCAAGGAGAAGCAUGGCAAGCUCCGUUGGAGGCUCUUGCCCCUUCAUGCCGCCAUCAUCUUCAAGGCCCCCGAGAAAAUCGUCGAAAGCCUACUGGCCGCAUAUCCCAAGGGAGCACAAAGCAAGGAUGACCAAGGCAUGUUGCCUUUGCAUCUUGCUUUCCGUCAUGGGUCUUCGGAAGGAACCGUAAAUCUAUUGUUGGUGGCCUUCCCUCAGUCUGUCAACAUUAAGGACCGCAAAGGGCGCAUCCCUUUGGUCUUGGCCCAGGCUUCCGCCUCACCCAACCGAGAUGCCUUUGUCCGAGCUUUGGAACGCGGACCCACUUACUAUGCCAACGCUGCUGCCGCCACUGAACGUGCUGCUGUCACUGCUGAGCAGAGAGCAAUCUUUGAUUCCAAACUGAUUGAGGUCGAGAAGAAGCAUCAGCAAGAUGUCAAUAUUCUCAAAGAGGAACGAAAUGACCUUCAUGAGACUGUCGAGACUUUGCAAAAGGAGCUUGCAAAACAGAAAGGGGCAACCCAAGUCUUGGUUGACCAUGUGAACUCUUUGGAGGCCCAGCUAAAGAGUAAGGGCGAGACUGAACGUUUCCUGGCUGUCAAAGCUGCUACGCUUGACACUAAUCUCAAGGAAGUCAAUGACGCCAAGGCCCAAAAGGAGGAAGAUAUGGAGAACCAGAUUGCUGAAUUGAAGCUCUUGAGCGAUAAGUUGAAGAGGGAUCUCGAUCAGUCCAAUAAGGAGAGGGGUUUCGGCAAGGAUUCUUCCGAAUACAUCGCCAUGAAGGAGAAGAACGAGAGGCACGAAAAGGAACUGAAGAGUCUCAAGAUGGAUUGGGCAAGUGCUCAGGCACGUGCUGCUGUCUUGGAAGCUCAGUUGAAGAGCAAGAUCGAAAAUGAGCACGAGUUGGCUUCUCAGGUGUCUCAGUUGGCUGGAAAGCUUGCCGAAUCCGCAGCCGACAAUGGCAAUGCUGCAACCAUGUACACGAAGCGAGUACAGGUCCUCGAAGAGGAGCGCGAGAAACUUCGAGCAACUGUUAAUGACUUGGGCAAGAAGCUCCUGAAGGUAUCUCACUUUAUGAACAAGAUGACCCUCAAGACACAAGAAACCACCAAGAAGAAUUGCGAAGAAGCCCGAAUGAAGCAGCUCAAACUGUUGGAAGACGCUACCAACCACGAACAGCUUAUCCGAAAUGCUUUGGAGGAGCGAAAGCACAUGGCUAAUCUACUGAAGAAGCAGGAAGCGGAAAUGGAACGAAGCGCUCAGCAGCACCAAGAGAUCUUGGAAAAGCUUGCUGAACUAAAGAAGAAGAGCGCUCCGGAAUCAGAAAUCUCGGACGAUGACAUCCCUUUCUCGAACUCGUUGACGGAAGAAAUGCAGGAAGUGAUGAGUCAAGUUAUGUACGGCAUGCCUCAACAGGUCCCCAGCGAAGAAAGUGACGACAUGGUUAACAGUAUUAUGGAGUGUGUUGCUGCAUCUGCGUCCGAUGCCGGCAGGUCUGCGCCGAAGAAGAUUACUCUCGAACAGGUACUCAAUACAUCAUCCUCGGACGACGAGGAUCCCCAAAAGUGCCUUGAAGAUGCCCUUCGAGCCCUGGAAUUGUCUCGAACCAAAUCGUUGUGCGAUAGUCAAGUCAAGUCUUUGUCAGUGUCAGACGGUGGUUCUCUGAACUUCAACCCAUCGGACGAAGCCUCAGAAUCCGACUUCAAGAGAGCAAUGGUGCAACAUUCCGUUAGCGAAUGCACUGACGAUGAUGAGGAGGACUAGGAGUGAACCUAACCAGCUUUCUUUUCCCACGUUUGCUGCUGCCCAACCGCAGCAGCAGAACGGCCAGACUGGAAGGGUUCCAUUUGGUUCGAUAUUGGUGUUUUUUGCACAGUCUCAGUUUCAUCGCCUUGAACGAUUACUAAUCAUUAUACUUAUACACUAACACACUUAUAAAUGAAUUCGUGAUUUUG